AUGCGCCUGAUUCAGUUCUUCCUGCUGGUGCUCGUCACCUUCGCUGUCUGCUGCAGCGCCCUCGCAUCGGCGGAAGACCCCAACCAAAUGAAGAACACAGUAUCGACUGGGCAGCACCAAGCCGCCACCCGUUACCUGAAGGGCAGCAAGACCACAACCGACAUGACCUCGGCGGAUGAAGAGCGAUUCACCCCCCAGUUCGGUCAGUACUGGGGCAUCUUCAGGCUUCCCAGUUUCGCAAAACUCCCCGGCGCCCAGCAGGUCGCUUUCCUGAGGCAGAAAUUCGGCAAGGGAGCUGGGAAGGUGAUCAACUUGUGGUUUAGGCUCGUUCGUAGGAGUAGUAAGAACUCCGGCAUCUAG